UUUGUAUUUAUUCUUGUCGAUAGCGAGGUGGUGGGGUGGCAUAUAACGUGUAUCAUUUGUUCCUCACGAGCCACAGGCUACUAACUGGCUCUAAAAUAUCGCCUCGCCUCUGUUCUAGGCGCCCGCCCUCAACUUCUCCCCUUUUGAAAUCGGAACUCACCGAACAAUGUCGAAGGCUGGCGCGUUGGAUCUGGCGUCUGGACUCGGUGGAAAGAUUGACAAAAGAGAAGUUCUCUCCGCUGUCGAAAAGUAUGAGAAGUAUCAUGUCUGUUAUGGAGGUGAAGAGGAAGAGAGAAAAGCUAAUUACACUGACAUGGUAAAUAAAUAUUAUGAUCUAGUAACCAGCUUUUAUGAGUUUGGCUGGGGGGAGUCUUUCCAUUUUGCACCAAGAUGGAAAGGAGAGUCUCUUAGGGAGAGUAUCAAGCGACAUGAGCACUUCCUGGCUUUACAACUUGCCCUGAAACCUGGACAGAAGGUUUUGGAUGUAGGUUGUGGAAUUGGUGGACCAUUAAGAGAAAUUGCUCGAUUCAGCGCAACGUCAGUCACUGGGUUGAACAACAAUGAAUAUCAGAUAACAAGAGGAAAUGAACUAAACCGCAUUGCAGGAGUGGAUAAAACCUGCAACUUUGUAAAGGCCGACUUCAUGAAAAUGCCAUUUCCUGACAGUAGUUUUGAUGCUGUAUAUGCAAUUGAAGCUACCUGUCAUGCACCGGAUGCAUAUGGAUGCUACAAAGAGAUUUACAGAGUAUUAAAGCCUGGCCAAUUCUUUGCUGCAUAUGAAUGGUGCAUGACUGAUGCUUUUGAUCCCCAUAAUCAAGAACAUCAGAAGAUUAAGGCUGAAAUUGAGAUUGGUGAUGGCCUUCCUGACAUCAGGUUGACUAGUAAAUGUCUUGAAGCUCUGAAACAAGCUGGUUUUGAGGUGUUGUGGGAGAAAGAUCUUGCUGUUGACUCACCUCUCCCAUGGUACUUGCCUUUGGAUAAAAACCACUUCUCACUAAGUAGCUUCCGCCUAACCGCUGUCGGACGUUUCUUCACUAAAAACAUGGUUAAGGCCUUAGAAUUUGUGGGACUAGCCCCCAAGGGAAGUCAAAGGGUUCAAGAUUUUCUGGAGAAAGCUGCAGAAGGGUUGGUUGCUGGUGGAAGGAAAGAGAUUUUCACGCCAAUGUAUUUCUUCCUGGCCCGGAAGCCGCAUUCUGACAAUCAGUAAAUUGGUAGUGCAAACUCUUUAAACGGUUGCUACUAUGAAGGGUGGUAUCAUUAUGAGUGGAGAUGCAAUUUCUUAGGCAAUUGUCCUGGUUUUUGGUGAGUCGCGUGCUUGUUUUAUCUUUGUUGUUAUUUCUAUUUAGCUGUUUAUGUGAAACCUUAUGAUUUCCCGUUUGAUUUUCAAGUCUUCUUCUAUACUAUAAAUCUGAUUCUCUCA